AUGACAACCUAUGCCACCGUUUUGUUUCUCUUCUUUGUCAUGUCCACAACCUCUUCCUUUUGUCUCCAAGAAAUGGAGAUUCUCCAAAUGGCCAAAACACAAGUUUCACAAGCCAUGAAUUGGGUUGAUAACUCUAUGAAAUUACAUGGCUUGGAAAGUAUGAGUGUGUCAUCAUUGAAUCAAACAAGGGUUUUGGCUUUAAGAGAUUGUGCUAAACUCUAUGAGGAGAGUGAGUUUAGGCUUAGGGAUAUGAUGGUUGGAAAGAGGGGUUAUAGUAAUGAUGAUGCUCUUAUAUGGGUGAGUGCAUUGAUGACAAAUCAUAGGACUUGUUUGGAUGGGUUGAAGGAAAAAGGGCAUGUUCAAGGUGAUCAUGUUUUGGGUAGAAACUUGACAAGUUUGCUUGGCCAAAUGCUUGUUUUGUACUCUAAAAACAAAGUCAAAAGCAAAGAUAAAUUUCAAAGGAUUACAAUAUCAGAAGAAAAUGAUGGACUAUUAGAAUCAUGGAGUGUUGAAAACCAUGAAGCAGAUUUCACAGUGGCACAAGAUGGUUCUGGAAGCUAUAAAACAAUUAAAGAAGCAGUGGAUGCACUUGCUUCAAGAGGGCAUAAUCGUCCUUCAAGAGUUGUUAUACAUGUGAAAGCUGGAGUGUACAAUGAAAAAGUUGAGAUUGGAAGUAAGUUGCAUAAUAUAAUGUUUGUUGGAGAUGGAAUUGAUAAAACUGUUAUCACUGGAAAUAGGAAUGUUCUUCGUGGUGGAACCACUCUUAACUCUGCCACAUUUGAUGUAUCGGGGGAUGGAUUUUGGGCAAGAGACAUGACAUUUGAGAACACAGCCGGACCACAAAACCAUCAGGCAGUAGCCCUCAAAGUAAGUUCAGACUUAUCAGUCUUCUAUAGAUGCAGCUUCAGAGGCUACCAAGACACACUCUACCUAUUCUCGAGUCGACAAUUCUAUCGCGACUGUCGCAUAUACGGCACAAUCGACUUCAUAUUCGGCGACGCAGCUGCAGUACUUCAAAACUGCGACAUUUUCAUUCGAAAACCACUGAGUCACCAAUCAAACUUCAUCACCGCGCAAGGACGAGACAAUCCCAACGAACCGACCGGAUUUUCCAUACAAGCCUCUAGGGUUAGGCCGGAUUCGGAGUUCGUGACGGUGAAGGAUUCUGUGAACACGUUUUUAGGUAGGCCUUGGAAGAAAUAUUCAAGGACGGUGUUUCUUAAAAGUGAUCUGGAUGGUUUGGUUCAUCCUAAGGGAUGGGGUGAAUGGGAGGGUAGUUUUGCAAUUUCAACUUUGUAUUAUGGGGAAUAUAUGAAUACUGGAAAUGGUGCUUCUACUGAAAAUAGGGUUAAUUGGCCUGGUUUUCAUGUGUUGAAGAGUGCUGAAGAAGCUUCUCCUUUUACAGUGAGUAGAUUUUUGCAAGGUGGAAAUUGGAUUUCAGCUUCUGGGGUACCAUUUGUUUCUGGAAUUUGA